GCAGACGCACGUGGCCCUUCCGGCGGCCGCCCGCAGCUGCGCGGGCCUCAGGCGCGCGGGCCGCCCAGCUGUCAAUCACGCGCGGGCUGAGCUCCGCACGGCGGGAGCGGCGGCGGCGGCAACGGCGACGAUGGGACCCCGGCGAGAGAUCUGCGGCUAGCUGGCUGCACUUGCUCCACGGGUCAGGGGAUCGGAGGGGGCAGGUUUGAAGGAUGAUGUGCCAUUAAAAAGAAAGGCCAAAGACUAAACAAGGAGAAGACAAAGAGGAAGACUUCAAAGGAACAGAGUUAAGCAUCCGAGAAGACAAUCCAAGACAAAUUCCAUCUGUAUCAAGUGAGAGUACCCGCCUAAUUCUUUAACAUCUGGGAAGGAUGAGUUCUUGCAGCAACAUCUGUGGGUCCAAGCAGGCACAGGCUGCUGCUACUGAGGGCACGUACCAGCGCUACGGAGUCCGGUCCUAUCUGCAUCAGUUUUAUGAGGACUGUACCACCUCGAUCUGGGAGUAUGAGGAUGAUUUCCAGAUCCAGAGAUCACCUAAUAGGUGGAGCUCAGUAUUCUGGAAGGUCGGACUCAUCUCCGGCACGGUCUUCGUGAUUCUCGGACUGACUGUUCUGGCAGUGGGCUUUCUGGUGCCCCCCAAAAUCGAAGCCUUUGGCGAAGCCGACUUUGUGGUGGUCGACACACACGCCGUGCAGUUUAAUGGAGCCCUAGAUGCGUGCAAGCUGGCAGGGGCCGUUCUCUUCUGCCUUGGGGGCACAUCCAUGGCAGGGUGCCUGCUGACCUCGGUGUUCGUGAGAAGCUACUCCAAAGAGGAGAAAUUCCUUCAGCAAAAGUUUAAAGAGCGCAUCGCAGACAUCAAGGCCCACACCCAGCCCAUUACAAAAGCCCCGGGCCCCGGGGAAACCAAGAUUCCAGUCACUCUGUCCAGGGUUCAAAAUGUCCAGCCUGUUUCGGCAACCUGAGAUGCCUCCCACCCCAGGCUCCCCUCUCUGAUUGCACACAGUGUUCACAAGGAGCGGGGCCAGGUUUGGAGAUGAUGGGGCUUGGGCAUUGGCUGGCCCAGGGUGGGGCUCGGAAGGAGGUAAUGCCCAUGGAGACCCGUGCAUAUGCACCGAGCUGCUCCGGGGGGUCCUCUGUGUGCCCUCUGGAGCUCCCCUCUCAAAUAUCGUGACUCUCUUGUCAUUUCCCGCGUUACUGAGAGCACCCAACAGUUUAGACCAGUUGGAUGACCAGUGGCUAACGCGGUGUGUUUUAUUUUCUAAUAUCGGUUUCCUGAUCUUUCUUGUGUGGUGCUGCUUCGAUUCCUGUCUCACUACGUGUAAGAUAGUGUCGUGCGUGUUCAUAGAAAAAUCGAGCUCCUUGAUUUUGACCCAAACAUUCGUCUUUUAACUCUAUCUUCACGAGGUUACUGAGAUUGGAAACAGAUUUAUUGGAGCGUUCUGCCAAUCUUUUUUUGGUCUUGUUUUGUUUUCUCCAGGGUUUUCACUUGAAAAGCUAAAAUUGCCAAUCUUGGGGAAGAAAUUAACAUUAGGAGUAUCUAUGCAGUGUCUGAAAGCCAGGGAACGAGAUGCCACCACUACCUAGCUGUGUGAUCUUGGGGGAUUCGUUUAACCUCCCCUGGCCUCAGUUUCCUCAUGUAUAGGACAGAGAUCCUGGACUGUGGUGUCUGAGAUUCCUUUUUUGCUGCGUGUCAUCGUGUAUCCCCCAGGCCAUGAUUGUGAUGUCCCCGGGGCUCUCCGCUCGGUGGGACUGUUUGAGAUCUGGACUCCCAGAAAAUCUCCGACUCAGCAGCUACUCACCUUUCAAUAUCCAACCCCAGCAGUUUAUACAGCGCUCUCGUGUUUUUAUAAAGACAAAAGUAAGCCAUCCUCAAAUAAGAAACCCAUGAGUAGAUAUUAACCUUAAAAAGGGUUUUCUUCCUCAAAUAAGAUGUUUUAUUCUCCAGCAAGAUGCUCAUCUCACCCCUAUCCACUUUUACUUAAUCUGUGGAUUUAAACUAGACUAAGGAACACGUGACCUUGGUAUUCUCUCAGAAAUUGUGCCACCUUCGAGUUCUGUCUCCCUUCUCUUUCUUCUUUCACUGGAUAAAUAAAAUAUGUGACCGA